UGAAACGCGCAUGCAUGUGAGCAAAAUGGCCUUGUUGAGCGCGCACUCGCCCUUUCUCGGUUUUGCCAUCACGGAUUCGAUUUCGACGUUUGCUGUUUUUAUAAGCGCAGUUUUAACGCGUUUGGGCUUUUAGACCGCCGCGAUAGCAGCAGGAUCGAGCCAUGCAGGCGCGCCGCCUGGUGAAGCGCUCUGUGAUCGGUAGCCGCGUGAACGCGCCCGGGUGCGCGGCUGCAGCGGGAGAUACAGCGGCGGGAGAGCGGGAAAACGGGGACGCCGCUAAGGAACACAUCGACGAAGAACUCACCAAGGGGCAGAGGAAGCCAAGCUUAAAGAGCUUGUGUAAUGGCGGGCAGCGUGGUUCAACACAGGGCCAGAAUGGUGCCAUGCAGAAGGGUGAGGGCACAGACCGGACUGAGGAUUCAUGGGCACCGGAGAACAGGCGAGUAGGAAGGACGCAGGACAUGGAGAAGGACAGCACUCGCUCUGUCUCACUACUUGAGCAGAAACGCAAAGUUGUCUCGUCCAGCAUCGAUGUACCACAUGCCAGAAAAUCAGAGGAAGAGGUGGACAUGGACAAAGUGACCGCUGCCAUGGUGCUAACCAGUCUUUCCACUAGUCCUCUUGUGAGAAGUCCUCCAGUUAAAGUUAGCGAGGGUCUAAAUGGUUCAUGGAAAGAUGGAGGUUUUACUCCUUCCAGUUACAGCAGCAGUGGUUUUUGGAGCUGGAGUGCUCCCAGUGACCAGUCCAACCCGUCCACUCCAUCCCCACCGCUCUCAGCCGACAGCUUCAGGCCGUUCAAGAUGUCCAGCUUCAGUGGGCUGCAUGAUGAUGCUUUGGAAGAACAGGAUGCUAGCAGUCUGCUGUUCGAUGAGCCCAUUCCGCGCAAACGCAAGAACUCCAUGAAGGUGAUGUUCAAGUGUUUGUGGAAGAACUGUGGCAAGGUGUUGAGUACUGCAGCUGGGAUCCAGAGGCACAUACGUACCAUGCACCUCGGGCGUAACUGUGACUCUGAGUGCAGUGAUGGAGAGGAGGAUUUCUAUUACACUGAGAUUAAGCUGAACACAGACUCGGUGGCUGAUGGGCUGAGCAGCCUGUCCCCUGCAUCUCCAUCCAUUUUGUCCCCUCCUCCUGCCGGCGAACACAAACGAACCGAGACAUCCAGCAGCAAUGGUGCAUCAAGGAGUGAGUGCAACAGCUCCACCCAACUCAGUCGCUCUGCUCCCAGUGCGCUCUACCUAGUGCACUCUGACCAUGCCUACCAGGCCACGGCUCCAGUCUCUAUUCCCUCCACCAGUUCAGCUCACUUCACUCCUUCUACCAGCAACAGCUUUAGCAUUUCCUGGCAGUCUCCACCUGUCAGCUUUACCGGCACCCCUGCCUCUCCCACUAACAGUCGCACCCAGGGCUUUAAUGAGCAGCGCUCACAGACCACAGCAGCGCCCCCAUCUCUACCCCGAACCUCAGGAUCACUCAGCAGGAAGUCUCGGGGUGAGGGUAAAAAGUGCCGUAAGGUGUACGGGAUGGAAAAUCGAGACAUGUGGUGUACAGCCUGCCGCUGGAAAAAAGCCUGCCAGAGGUUUGUGGACUGAGCUGCCAUGAAAAAAGGGGUGUGACUUUCCCUGCAUGCGAAGUAUCACUCCUACUCUUUCAGCUCCACAGACUAUGCCACAAUCUCUCACUUACUGGAAUGAAUCCAGGACCUGAACUCUUUAAGCAUUCGCACUCUAACCAGGGCACUUGCCUUUUUGAAUAAAGCUAGAGAUGUUUGAGAUUGAGAACUUUGUAAAGCACUUGUCUUAUCUGUUUUUGGAAACUUUGUAUGUUGUGGAGGAACCAAUCAAAACUUAUCGGGUCCAAUCACUGCCUGAACAUUUUCUAAAGAACUUGUUGCCUGAACUUGAGUGCUACAAUGUGGAGUAUAAAAGUAAGGGGUGCUUGUUUUCUAUGAACAGUGUUCCAAGGCUUAAGGUGAGUCAACCAGACCCAACAAUUCCUGUUCUGGUCCAAGAGGAGGUACUUGGGAAUGAGGACAUGUGUGCCCCCUAGUGGACAUGGAUUAAUGCAAAAAAAGGCUUGGAAGCCUCCACUUUUCUUCCGAAUCAUCUCAAGCAAUUACACGUGAGGAAGAGACAAGUUUUCUAUCUGUUUUAUAUGUACUACUUUCAGGGAUGCGAUCACAGAAAGCAAAACCAGCAGCUAUGUGUAAAAGCAGUGAAGGCAAAGAGUUUUUCAACAUAGGAAUAUCUACCUGCAACCAAAAAGGUUUUUUAUGUGCCAUUUUUUUCCUUUUUUUGUUCCUGCUGUAAAUAAUGCUGUGUCAAGGUACUUUCAAUUUGAUGAGGCUGUUUGUUUUCCAUCGAACGUACAGAAACCCUCGUUUGUAAUGAACAGGUCAGCAUGUCGCCUGUGGAGGGCCAACAAACACACAGCUUUGCUUUUAAAAGCUUCGAAAGCGAGCUCCUGCUCCUCUCACCAUUUUUCUGACCUCACAUGUUGAAGCAGGAAGGAACAGAGUUACAGCACUUACCCACUGGAGCUGGAAGCACUUGACUGUUUUAUAUUUGUCUGUGAUUGAUAUGGUAUGAAGUAUUUACACCGUGGUGAUCUUGGAGGAGGAAGAAACUUGGGCUUUUCUACACGCUGCUCCAGGUGAUGAAGACUGGAUCAAGAGUUUUCUCUUUAUUUCACUGGGGUUGUGUUCUUAGGAGCUCAUCACCUUUUUGACUCCAGCCCCGAUGACGUUUAUGCAAGAAGAAAACGGCUGCUCAGCGGGCAGUUGUAAGUUCUCUGGCGCUGUUUUUGUCACUUUGAUGCAGUAUUGUAUAAAAACCAUGCGUAAUACAACCAUGCACCAACACCAGCUAGCACAAACAUCAUGGCUUUGUCAUCUUUAGCAGCUCUCAUGUAUGUCGUACUAUUCCAGAAAUGUUUUCUUUUUAUCCACAGUACUAUCAGGAUGUUUUUGGAUGUAGUUCUGACCUAAGCUAAAUGUUUUCUGUCAUUGAAAUGUUUAUAAUACUAGUGGAAUUUAUUUUCCUUCACUACAUGUGAAGCCUUCAACAGUGUUUUCUUAAGAGCAUUUUAUUAACAAAUGCAUUAACCCUCUUGUUGUGUUCUAGUCAAAGUUAAACAAUUUGCUUUCUUUUGCUGUUGGACCCCCUUGGCUGCCUGGACAGUUUCAAGUCUGUGGAACUGUACUGAAUGUAUAAAACACCUUUUAUCCAUAAGAUAUAAGCUCAGAUUGUGUUUCCAUUACGGUUGUGGCACCUGCUAUAUAACACAUUGUUCCAAAAUCUCCCAUAGGUGCUGAAUCGGGUUGAGAUCCAUAGCAAGCAUAAAAUAUAUCACUAUAAUUUUUAUUUAGAUCAAAUGAUUCAGCAUCUCACUGUGUUAUACAAAUGAGGCAAAUAUAUCUCCUAUCAAGAUAUAUUCCUAAACCGUACCAGUCAAGCAUUCUGGCCUGUACUGUUCUCUUAAUAUUCGCCUCACGUAUUUACAGUUACAAGAGAAAUAGGAAUGAGGUUACCUAAAAGGUAUAAUGCAUAAAAACCAAGGAUGAUUUACUGAUUUGAACACAGCAUGAGGGUUAGUUUUAUAUGAGUGAUUUUUCAAACAGUACAUGAAGAUAAAGUUACUGUCAUUUUGUUAUGGGAAAGUCUUUGUUGAUAAAGAAAUACAAGCUAUAUACACAGUUCAUGUUUACAUGUUAUUCCAAAGUAAAAUGUGUAUUUGGUGGUUUGUGCAUCUUCUUCUCUAUAAUGACGGUGUUUUUUUACAUUCUAAGUAUUUUACAUUUUGUUGCUGCUUUGUGUUCCUGAAAGAAUCCAAUACUCCAUCCAAACAAUGUUGAUCAACCAAGACGUUUUUGGUGUUCCACAUUUCCUGUCCCACGUUUCUUAGCAUUUGCAUUUGUUCAUUUAACAGGGUCGUGUAUCCAAAGUGGGUUACAGAAAAUGCAGCAUAAAAACCAUCCUGGUUCUUGGGAAGUGUCCUCUUAGGCUGUGUGAUGCGGUUAAGCAGGAACAGAUAAGCAAGACAAUGUAUUGUUUCUAAAGCUCUACCAUUAUACAGCCUUGUCUACUCAAAAACCAACUCUGACUGUUUCACUAUAAGGCCAUGGCUUCGGUCUAUGAAAAAUGAGACCAAGAUCUUCUGAAUACUAACUAAGAUACUAGUGUCUUACAUUAGCAGAAUUAUUAGAGUACAUAUGAAGAGAAGAUUGAAACUCAUGCAGUGAUAUCAAUGAUUCAAGAGUAAACACUCAUUAUUAGAGUUUAAAAUAAAGCUGGGUGGUUGUUUUUUAUUGUGAUUUCUGAAAAUGUCAUAUUGCUUAUGGUAACUGCCAUGCCUACCUGUUGUAGCAGCAAAAUCUGCUAGUGAGGCAGUUUGGUGAACAUUUAUUUGAGUUUUUUUUAUUAUUAAAUAUUGCAAUAAAGUUCUUUAUUUCACCCAGCUUUACCUAAAAGUUAUAAUUUUCUAUUCAAAUGUGAAUAUAUAAUGUAUUUGAUAAGUUGAUAAGUUUAGGAUACUAUAAAAGCUGUUGCUUGUCCAAAGCUCUUAUUGGCUAUUUGGUGCUACAAUACCCCAAACAUCAUAAGGUGAUAAUAUAAGAAGCGGCCCGGUCUUCCCAGACAAAACAAAUGAAACUGUUUAAAUUAUGUUUCCAUGGCCUCUGUGUGUUUUCUGUUCAAAUGUCAAUAAAUAGUUAUUCACAGAUGUUAUGGUAAUUACCACA